GAGAGUGUUAGAAAGCAGUGUAAUUCACGCUUUCGUGUUCUGAUUUUCUGUAGCCAUCCACUUACAGCCACAGUCAGGCGCAGGAUAGUGGGCUCAUUGGCCUUUUGGUAAGGCCCAGGACAGCUGCUCUCAGGGUCUUUAUUUUGAACUCACCCCUAAAUGAGCUGUCCCCUCUUUCCUGGUAGCUUAUUAUUAGAACUGGGUCACAUGAGGCAUUUGGGACUGCGUCUCAGUUGCGUUGACCGACAUUUCUUUCAGAGGGAAAGCUCUAUGCUGGCAGGCGCGGCAGUAUAGCUUACGUGGGGAGGGGAGUAGCGUUUUCUUUGCAUAAGAUUCGCUUAACGCAGAAUUUUCAUUUUUGUGGCUGUUCCCCGUUCUAUCAGGGAUGUAGCGCUGAGCUAAUCCGGGGAGGCGUCAAGGCGUGUGCCAUAUUUAGAGACAGCCACCUGCUUGGGAACAUCAAGCAGCAGCAAAGAGCACGCUUCAGCAAAAAACCUCCCCUGUGGAUUCUGCAGCAGCAGCUUCCCGCCGGCUCUCCCUUGCCUAAAUCUGCCUGUGGCCACCAAAGGGGUCAGCGCCUGAAGACAGUCGGUCAGGCCCUGUCAGCCCUGGAAUGCUCUGAGCCUGGCACUCCCUCUGCCCAGGAACUGCCAGAUAUUUUGGACAGCUGCAAGGUGGAAUUCAAUCACGUGGGUGAAGGGUGGCCUAAUCUCUACAUAGGCGAUAUAACUUGUCUCAAAGCGUGAUGGGCACUGGACUCUACAAGCAGGAAUACUUUACAAGGCAACAAAGUACCUUGAGUUGCUUUUUGUAGUGAGCUUUCGUACACGGUUCUCCACAGCUCCGUAGCCCAUAACAAGGAAGAUCUGAAGAGGCUUGGUGUCACCCAUGCACUGAAUGCAGCACAUUUUGCAUGGGGAAGCAAAGGAGACCAAACUUUCCAUGGCCAAGAAAUGCAUUAUUAUGGAAUACCUGCAGAGGACUUGCUCGACUUUCACCUCGGCACACAUUUCUGUACCGCCUCUGAGUGCAUUCACAAGGCCAAAUGGUGGGCUGCUAGGAGCAAAACUACUCUUCGAAGCCUCAACAUUACUCACAUCCUUAAUGCAGCAGAUGGGCCAUAUAGCAUCAACACAGGAGCCAAAUAUUAUGAAGAUCUGCAAAUAGAGUACUAUGGAGUAGAAGCAUUUGAUGAUCCUUCCUUUGAUUUAAGUAUCUUCUUCUACAAUGCUGCCAAUUUCAUAGGCAAAGCCUUAAACACUUCAGGAGGUAAGGUCUUUGUUCAUUGUGCCAUGGGGGUGAGCCGCUCUGCAUCUUUAGUGCUUGCCUUUUUAAUGAUCCAUGAAAACAUGACACUCGUGGAUGCUCUGAAAACAGUGAGUGCUCACAGAGACAUCUGCCCAAAUUCAGGGUUCCUCAGCCAGCUCCGGGACUUGGACAUUAAACUAAACGAAGAGAGGAGAGGAACCGGAGCAUCUGCUACCAAAGAGCUCUGAGAGAGUAUUACUGAAGGAGAGAGGACAAAAUGUUAUUUGAGUUUCCUGUAUCUCUUUUAAAUUAAUUGUAUUUGUAAACUAAGGAUACAAGUUUAUGAUCCACCAGAAUGCAUGUUAUUGCUAAAAGUAGAUUUUACUUGAUCUUUCCAUUUUGCAAAGCCUUCCUAGAUUAUACUUACGAUUGGUUGUGUACUGCAUCCUCCACUCUCCACCUUAAAACAUUGCUCUUUGCUGGUAAAAAAAAAAAAAAAAAAAAAAAAGAUAUCAGGUUCCAUUUCAGAAAUAGCUGUGUUUCAGCAACUAGUGAAGCUCAUAUCACUUUAUGAAGUGUUAGGCUAUUUGAGGUGAAAGAUGCCAUAUUAUUUAUGCUACAAUAACGCUUAGAAGUUUUCUUAUGAACCAGCCCCCCCACCCCUUUGCUCCCCGUGUCUAAAAUGGUUUGUAUUUUGAGACUCGAAUCUGGCACUGGUUAGUUCUUGCUUUUACAAUUGGUGGAGCCCCUGAGUUGGGGGUAAAAGGCUGUUCAAAGGCAGAGCAGCGCGGACACAACAUAAGCCUCUCUUCAAGAAAUUAUUGCAGGUCUCUCUAUAGUGUUUUCCCUUUGACUGUUCAUCAGAUUAUUAACUUUUUUUCUUCCAUAAAAAUACCUUUGUUUGAGAGGGCAUUCAAAUAUUGUUCAUCUUCCCUAGUAAAAUUCACCCAGGAGAUGCUGUGGAAAAUGCUUCUGAAGAGGAAGGUGGGUUCCCAGCUGAGACUCCAAACAGCUGCAUGGGCAGUGGGAGCGGGUGCAGGAAAGCAUCUGACAACAAAGUUCAAUGUAUCCCAAAUUUGUCUGACAGUUCAACAUUAUAAAACUUGGGAUUUUCUUUCUCAAAAAUAAAGGUCAUUAACAUUGCAACAUCA